AUGCAUCAAUCCACAAGCUCAGAAGAGGACAAGCAGCUGCUCGAGCUGUUUCCGGAGCUUGAGCAGCCUGCCGUCAAGAUUAUCGCUCCGAAGCUAGCCGUCGCGACUCCCUUUGGAAUCCAGAACCGCGACAUGUGCCUGCUGAACCCUGACGCCGACGCCGACGGGUACCGAGAGACCGAAGAGGCCAUGCCACCGUUGCAGCCACAAGGCAUCACCAUGCCAACGAAGAAGUCAAAGACGAAAGGUCGCAGCCAUGGCGAGAACAGCUCUCGCAGCAUUAAGGCUCUGCGAAAGCAAGCUGGUGCAGGCGAUCUCGAAGCAGCGAUGAAGCUAGGCUGGAGCGUAGACCGCAUCACGGACAUCUUCAACCAGAACAAGAGGGCGAGGGGUGAGAAGGUCAGCCCAGGUCAACCGAUCGAUGAUCUGGAGCUCCUGGGACGUAUCGCGUUCAGACAGAAGUCCCAAGCGGAAAUCCAGAAGAGACGCCAGGACAAUCUCCGGAAGAAGGCUUACGAGGGAGAUUACGAAGCUGCGAAGAAGCUCAAGAUGGGCAAGAGGCGCAUGAGGGAGAUAUUGCCACAGAUGUUCAAUUUCGGAAGCAGCGAGGAGGGAGAGAAGGACACGAACACCGAGUUCGCAAAGGAGCCACGCAUGCCAACUCAAGGCUACCGCGAGCGAACUCCAGCCGAGCCACGCAACUUCGAGUUCGAGCGACACAUGACCUGGUUGGCAGGUUUGCCCGCACCGGACGAGUUCAUGCGAUACGAUGUCAUGGGUUCGGCCAGCUACCACGGCCACGACAUCACCGGAGACGCGUUCGCAAGUCGGCCUGUCAACCUCAAAGCGAGCCCCUCGUCCAUGCAAGUCUCGCUGACUCCCCCCUCCUAUCCGAUCCUGAAUCCUCCAAGGCCCUCUCUCGGACUAGAUGGAGCACAUGAAGAUGAAGAUUCCAUGCAAUUCCUUACGGCUGGACAAGAGGUCAUGUCGAAGAUUCAUCAGAAGCCAGAGGAGGCCAAGAAGAACCAGGAGGCCAAGAAGAACCAGGAGGCUAAGGUAGGUCCACUUGACCCAAAGCGUGAGGAGCUGAAGACUGAGGGAGCGAAGCUUGACAUGAUGUGGUACAAGAAGUCGAAUAAGCCACGACCAAGCAACUUCCCCGUCGAGAAAGUAGCCGAGGAGAGUCAGGCGGCCGAGGGGGCCAACCCGAUGCCCAAGAGCCUGCUCGUGACCCUACCUAUGCGUGGCUCGCAGUGGUAUCACUGA